AUGGCCGAAUGGUGCAAUAAAGACUUGAUUAUCACAGGCCAUCGCAAGGGACUUGUCAAGUUUUGGUAUAAACAAGUUGAGACUGAUCAAGCGACAGGAAAACACAAAUGGACACUGUCCCUUGUACAUCAACUUUGUCACAACAGUCGCGCAGAAAGUGAGGUAGAUGAGUCAGAUAUUGUUUGUUUGUCGAUGUCCACUUCAAGAAAGACGCUUUUUACUGGAAAUAGACAAGGGCAAGUGAAUGCGUUUGUGUUGCCUGAUACCUCGGAUACCUAUCAUUUACAAAAAGAGGAUAAAUGCAAAGAAUGCAUGACUUGCAGAAAGGUCUUUUCUGUACUAGAGCGUAAAAACCAUUGCAGAACAUGUGGAGGUAAGGAGAAAUGA